CCACGUGCGAGGCUGCGAGCAUGACCACAUGCGGACUGAAGCCUUUCACUGCUGUCUAAUCGAGACUGCGUGGCCACACGUAAACAAGACCGAAGCGAAUGCGUUUUAAGAGACUGAUCCAGCUUUCUCGAUAGAGCGAUAAUAUUCGAGAAUAGCCUCUAACUCGUGAUUGUCGGAGGAAAGUGGAGUUUUUGACAUAUAUUGUUUCUUUCUGUCAUUGUGUGGUUUUCAAAUGAAGCAGAACAGCCCUGUCCCAGCGUUUCUCAGCAAACUGUGGACACUCCUCGAGGAACAGUCAACGAAUGACUUAAUCCGCUGGAGUCAAGAUGGCUGUAGUUUCCUGGUGCUGGAUGAGCCGCGCUUCAGUAAGGAGGUUCUGCCUCUCUACUUCAAGCACAGCAACAUGACCAGCUUUGUGAGACAACUCAACAUGUAUGGCUUCCAUAAAGUGGUGCACGUAGACUCGGGUUUGCCCAGAGACACAGAACACACGCAGAGUGUGGAGUUUCAGCACCCAUAUUUCCAGCGCUCUCAGGAGCACCUUCUUGGCCUCAUACACAGGAAGGUAUCAGUGAGCCGUGUGACUGAGGACUCAGGACAGAUGUCUCAGGUGCUGGUGGAGGUGUCUCAGGUUCAGAGGUGGUGCGACUCCUCUCAUCUUAAACUCGUGUCGCUCUGCAGGAAUAAUGCGAGUCUUGGGGAAGAGGUGGAUUUACUCCAACAAAAAUACCAGCAUCAGCACCAGAUCAUCAGGAAGAUCAUUCACUUCAUCACCAAUACGGUGCAGUCCAGCAGAAUCAAAGGCACAAAGAGAAAGUUGCCAAUGAUUGACAGCUCGGGGGAGUCGUCUCCGGCUCCCAAGUUCAGGCGCUCAGUCAGUGUUCAGGCCAAUAGGAGUCACUCUUACAUGGACUCCAUAGAUGGUGUGUACUCCAACAGAGUGAUCCUCUCAGACAUCAUGCAUGUGCUGCCGCCCCACUCCAAACUCCAGAGCAGUCUCUCUGUGUCUGUAGAGAUACCCUCUUCUUUUGCUGAUGAUCUUCACACAUCGUCCAAUGUGGCAUCACUCCCCACAGAGGUUCCUCACAUGUUCUCAGAGGUUCCUUCUGGUUCCACUGAGGUUCCCUCAAAGUCAAAAGAAAUGGCAUCUGUCUUCACUGCAGUUCCGUCUGUUUCUCCAAGCAUUCCAUCACAAUACGCUGAGAUGUUCUCUGAUGUUCCAUGCCAGUCUACUACAGUUCCCUCCCUUUCCAAAGACUUUUCAUCCAUGUUCUCCGAAGUUCCGCCAGGAUUUACAAGUUUUACUUCGCGGUCAGUGGAUAGUGUUCCAUCACUCUGCACAGAUAUAUCGGCCAUGUUCUCAGAGUUCCUGUCUGCAGAGAUUCCGCCGAUGUUCAGCAAGGUUCCGUCAGCGGCUACUAGUGCUCCAUCCGUGUCAGCAGAGAUUCCAUCAGUGUUCCCUAAAGUUCCGUCUUGUUCUACCAGUGUUCCCUCCGAGUCGGCUGAACUUACAUCCGUAGAACAAGCCCUGUCUCUCCUCAUGGAACCGGAGACACACAACCCCAUAGAGAACCAUGCAAAGAGGUGUGAGGACGACCCUCUAGACCUCAUAGACUCCAGUCUGGCUGCUAUAAGCUGCUCAGUAGCGCCCUCCGAUGGCCUGGACCUGCUCUCAGUGUUCUUAGGCCCUGUUGAGGAUGCACCAGACCACAGUUCCACUAGCUCACAAAUAGCAGAGAGGAAACUGGGGGCCCUGCCAAGGGAAGAGACAACUCACCACACACGCACAGUGUCUGAGGCUGUUCCCAUGGCUGCGUUAGUGGGGUAUUGUGGUGAUGAGGAUGACAAUGAUGAAGAUGUGGGUGAAGGUUCAGACAUUCUGCCCUCCCUUCUCCAGCUGGCACAGGAGGCUUCUGCUCUCAGCAUGCCCAUCUCUGUACCACACGCACCCUGCGUGCCCACAUCGCAUGCCCUUUAACUACCCCUGACACACACACACUCACACACACACACUCUCUCUCUCACACACACACACACACACACACAUACACACACACAUACUCUCACGCGCACACACACACAUACAAACACACACACACACACACACAUACAAGCACACGCGCACUAGAAGCAUUAGAAAAAGGAGGCUGAACUAGGACUAGAGAGGAGAGACGUCAUCAUCGCUGAGCUGAUACUGUUAGGUUGUUUUAGGUUUAAGAAAGUUGAUCUUCAACAAUAUUAAAAUUCAGUGAUUAUAUUUAUAGCUGCCUAUUGAUAUACUACAAUUGAUAUUCCAUUUACAAAGACAUUUGGACACUUCAUGACUACCUUCAUUUAAAUUCAAAUGCAUUCAUGUAAAUAUAUCAAACUGCAUAAAUGUUUCAUGUGAUUAUGAAAUAAUGGUGUUGGAGAAGCACUGAAGUUUAUUUUAAUUUUAAUACUGCAGCAGAAAAACAUCAUAGAGAUGAUAAAUAUUAGUCAGACACAUCAUGCUCUCCCUAAACUCUGUAAAGCCUUUGUCAGUUUAUCUUGUCGCCAGACUGAACAUAAAGACAAUAGCUCCAGAAUAGCUCUGCGAUGCGUGAUAUUAUCCUGUAGCCAUAAAGACCACAGUAGCUCCAGAAUAGCUCUGCGAUGCGUGAUAUUAUCCUGUCGCCAUAACGACCACAAUAGUUCCAGAAUAGCCCUACGAUGCGUGAUAGCUCCAGAAUAGCCCUCCGAUGCGUGAUAUUAUCCUGUUGCCAUAACGACCACAAUAGCUCCAGAAUAGCCCUAUGAUGCGUGAUAGCUCCAAAUAAUAUAACGUGUUUUGGAGAAAAGCUCUUCAGAUAUGAUAUAUUUUGAUGUGUGCAUCAUAUACCCAGAUGUAAACCUUUGAAUAGCUCCAGACUCCACAAGAGCCUUUAUAGAUAUAAUAUACUGUAGGCACUGCAAAGAGAAAUGGCACACAAAGCAGUGUGAGAAGACUGCACACACGCACACACACACACACACACAUGCACACGCACACACACACACACACAUGCACACACACACGCACAUAGAGUACUCCUGGGAGGAUGGGCUCUCCCACAUCCUGUUUAAAAAUGUGGACAAGCCAAAAAGAGUUCACAACCAGAGAGAAACACCUGCGCUUGUCCUAAUUUAAGCUUCACUGACAAAUCGACUUAUCAAACAACAAACACCAAAAAACAACAUUUCUUCCAAAGUUUGUCUGUAGAACUCAUACACUCUAUCCUGCGAUGGCAAGGCAGUGACCCAUGUUGUUUCUCUGAGGGGCCAGAGGCCCAGUAAGCGGUCAGUGUAUGCUCAGUAAUCUGCAUGCAGGUUGUUAUAUGUUUGACAACGUGUCGGACACACCAGCCCGGUCCGCUGCAGACCCAGAGCGCCCAGGUGCGCCCCAGACAGCAGGCUCCAGGUGUCUCUCUCCAGUUUGCCUCGCGAGUGCAGACUUAGCAACUGCAGGAAGCCUGUGAGAACAUCAAAGGCCGGAUGGAUUCUGUUCCUCAGAUGCACUUUAGCUGUGUUUGUGUGUCGUAUGCAAUGACUGCAUAUAGAUAGACGGCACAUCCUCCAUCAAAAAUAACUGAAUAGAGCCCUGCUGUUCAUCUAUAUAUACAGUGUCAUUGGUGCCUCGUGUGCAAUAACUUAUGUUACAUCAGGUGGUGAUGGUUGAUCUAUUUCUAUGCAGUGCUGCUGUUGUUCAGCCACCUGGUAAAUGAAUACCCAUAAUCCUUUGCGUUCUGUAGGUGCGUGCUUGGACAGUGUAAAAAUAGCCACCCUGCUCUUUUCCUCUGUGAAAUGAUCUUGGUUUUAAAAUGUCUUACUGCAGGACUGAAGGCCUGUCCCAAUGCUAGGUCUGUGGUGUUCUGUUUCUAUGAUGAAGGUAAAUGUUAAAUGCAUCAUGACUGACGCUAACAUUAUCUUCACAAUCCAAAAAACUCUAGAGAACAUGUAGAAUGUAAGGUUUGUGACGCCUGCCUAAAUGAGAAUUGACAGCUGGGACAUGAAAACUAGGACAUGGUUUUCGUCACAACAUUUUACGAGCGUAUUCUGAUAUUAAUGCACUUUAAUUCACUUAUGAAUGUAAUGAUGCUGCCCGUGACGAAGACUGUUUUGUUUUUUGUUGUGAAAUAAACAGUAAACUUGA